CUAGCUACCUGAAAAGUAUGGUAGUUGACAAAGGUUUUGCAGGGAAAUUUCAGUUCGAUAGCUACAGUUCCUCUUGUACUUCAUCAAUAGCAGUCAUUUCAGCCGGUCUGCUCGCAGGUUGCCUGUUUGUUGAGAAUUGUCGCCUCCACUUUCGAAGUGAGUUUCUAACUCUGGCCUUUCGUUCAUCCGUCAUGCUUCCGUCUCCCACUUGAGCUGCUGCAGCAUACUGAGAAAUAAUGUCAUG